AUGCCUGCUGCUGUGCUGCAGUCCUUCAGUCACCUGGAGCUGGCUGAUCCGCCCUCUGACAGACAACUGACUGUAGACAUACUGGUGGGGCUGGACUGCUACUGGGAUCUGAUGAAACAGGGUGAGAUUCGGCUGGAAGGGGGACCCGUGGCGCAGGAGACCGCACUUGGGUGGAUCAUCUCCGGUAAGGUGAGUGCGCCAGAUGGUGCUAUGACGGUGGGCAGCGCCACAAGUCUGCUGUGUCUUGGUGACAUUCACGAGCGGUCUCUGAGGCGGUUGUGGUCCCUCGAAGGGAUUGGGCUCAGUGAGCCAGAGGAGACCGAUUCUGAGGUGCUUACCCACUUUGAUGCAUCUGUGAGCAGAGUUGAUGGUAGGUACGAGGUGGCGCUGCCGUGGAAGGCUGGCAGCGAAAAGAAGCUCGAAGAGAACAGGUCCGCCGCUGAGGCGCGCCUGUCGGGUCUGUCUCGUCGGCUGGACAGAGACCCAGAGCUGGGAGUGGCCUAUUCGGAGUCACUCCAGGAGAUGGAACAGGCGGGUGUGGUGGAGGAGGUUCCCAGCCACGAGCUGGAUGGUCCUUAUCCUUGCUUCUACCUGCCUCACCGUCCUGUUGUAAAGGAAUCCAGCACUUCGACUCGGGUGAGACCGGUGUUUGACGCUUCUGCAACCGGUCCCAAUGGUGUCUCGCUCAACGAUUGCCUUGAGGUGGGACCCUGUCUGAUUCCCAGUCUUGUAGACGUGCUGCUUCGUUUCAGACGCUGGAAGGUGGCCGUGACGGCGGACAUCAGCAAAGCCUUCCUGCAGGUGGGCCUCAGGAAGGAAGACAGGGACGCUCACAGGUUCCUCUGGAUUCAUGAGGGUCGGAAGCGGGUGAUGCGCUUUCGAAGGGUGACCUUUGGGGUCAGCUCCAGUCCGUUCUUGUUGAACGCGACUAUCCGCCAUCACCUUUCAAGGUAUCCCUCCUCUCGCGCGAUAACUGAGAUGCUCGAGAACUUUUAUGUUGAUGACCUCCUUUCGGGAGCCGACUCUGAGCAGGAGGCGAGCGCUCUGCUGACGGAGGCUCAGGCCGUGAUGGCUGACGCCGGCAUGAUCCUGACGAAGUGCACGUCAAACAGCUCAGUGAUGUUCGACAAGGCUCACGCUGCCUCUGGCACAGGCGAGCUCGAGAGUGUGAAGGUCCUGGGGGUGAGUUGGAGUCCAGCUGAGGACGUCUUCUCGUUCGAGGGCCUCACUGUCCCUGCUGAUGUGACUCCGACCAAGCGUGUGGUGCUGAGCUGCAUAGCUCGGCUAUUCGAUCCCUUGGGGUUUGUUGCUCCGUUCGUGAUGGUUGCAAAACGCAUCUUCCAGGAGCUGUGGAAGCUCGGUAUUGGGUGGGAUGAUGAGCUUCCCUCGGAGUCCAGCCUGAUGUUCAUGGAGUGGCUGAAAGGCCUGGAGCUGCUCCAGCAGAUUCACAUUCCCCGCUGCCACUCGACUGAGGGCUGGAACCGUGGUGCUGGCGUUUCGAUUCACGCCUUCGGUGACGCCUCUCCUAAGGCUACCUCCGGAUCUCCCAGUGAGGAGAACCCAGCAGAUCUGACGACCCGCGGAGUAUCGGCUGAGUGUCUGAGCGGAUCGGAGCUGUGGUUCCGUGGUCCCAGGUGGCUGGCUACGCCUCAGGCUCGUCCCGGGGCUGAUGAGUCAGUGCCUCUCGUGUCCAGUGAAGAGCUGCCGGAGGCAACACUUCUGUCGUGCGAGCUGGAUGAUGCCGGUGUCUCGGUGGUUGGGAGCGCCGGCCUCCCAGCUCUGGUGACUGCGGCACAGAGUGCCCCAAUAUUCGACUGCAGCCGCUGGUCGUCUAUGAACAAGGCGGUCAGAGUGGUGGCUUGGGUGAACCGCUUCCGCCACAACGCGCGGUCUGGGCGUCACAAUCGGUCCACUGGCGAUCUCUCGGCCGAGGAGUUGGUGGCGGCCAGGCACCUGCUGCUGCGAGAGGAACAACGGCUGGCCUUUGCAGCGGAGUUCAGCGCCCUACAACGGGGCAAGCCAGUACCUAAAAAUUCGAGGGUAUACCGUCUGUCCCCCUUCAUAGGCGACGACGGGCUCCUGAGAAUCGGGAGCAGGCUUCAGGAGUCUGAGUUGACCAGUGAGGAGCGACACCCUGUUUUGCUCCCAAAGGGACGGGUGGCCGAACUGCUGGUGUGGGACCAGCAUCGUAUGAUGUGCCACUGUGGUGUGUCUACUCUGAUCACUGCACUCCGAGCGGCCUUUUGGAUCGUGGGUCUCCGCUGCCUGGCAAAGCGCAUCAAACGCUCGUGUUUGGUUUGUCAGCGACAGGAUGCUGUCCAGUGUAACGAGCCGGCGGCGCCGCUCCCUCGCGACAGGGUAACCCGUGCGCCGCCGUUCUCGGUCACAGGAGUGGAUUUCGCGGGGCCGAUUUUCGCGGUGGACUGCCCGCGAAGAAAGUUCUAUGUGUGCCUAUUCACCUGCGCUGUGACACGCGCAGUGCAUCUGGAGUUGACAGGAUCACUGUCACAGGCUGACUUUUUGAUGGCGCUCAGGCGUUUCGCUGCCAGAAGGACUCUGCCGUCAGUUAUCUAUUCAGAUAACGCGCGAACGUUCAGCGGAGCCGAUCAGCUGAUGCAGCGGUACUUUGGCCAUCUCGCUCCCCGGUGGAAGUUUAUCGUGCCAAACUCACCGUGGUGGGGCGGUUGGUGGGAGCGACUGGUGCGCUCCGUGAAGGUGAGACUCAGGAAGUCGCUCGGCACAAGAUGUCUCACUCAAGUGGAGUUUGAGACUGUGCUGACUGAGGUCGAGUCAUGUGUGAAUUCACGUCCACUGACUCAGGUGACUGACGCGAUCGACUGCGAGAGUCCACUGACGCCCAGUCAUUUCCUCACUGGACGUGGCGCCGGCUUCCAGGCCAGGCUGCUCAUGCUGGAGGAUCCAGAAGCGGUAAGUGGCUGCCGGCUGGCCGAAGAGCGAUUCCAGUCGGGGAAACUGUGGAGCCGCAGCCUGCUGAAGAAGCGGCUGGUCCCCAGUAUUUCUAACUUCUCUGCCGGCCUGACCCUGCGGCCGCACACUGGACGGCCGCCCGCUCCUGGUCGCUGUGCGACGCUCCUGCGCGCCGUCGACCGAGGAGAUCGGCCCAUCAAGACUCGACUGUGGGAGGCUGCCGUGUGGGCGCCCCCAGAUCCCUGGGUGAGGAGAGAGCAGCAGCACUUGGCAUCCAUUCGGCCUGAGCCGGAGCGGCCGACCAGCGCCCUGGUCUGUCUGCUGGGCCGCCUGGUGCCGCGGAGCCCGCCGCAGCAGCCUCGUCACCAGCGAGCGCGCCGGCGGCGGCGGCCGCCGGCGCCGGCCAGCGCCGUCCGGGCACCAAGCAGCGCGGCCGCUUCGGCAGCACGGCAGACCAAAGUGUUCAUGUAA